GUUUUCCGUUUCGAUCUUAUAAAUUUUCAAAGAAAUGCACCUACGUUAUAGCAUUGUCGCUUUGCAUUUGAUUCUUCUUGCGCCCCCACUCGCGUCGGCAUGUUGGUUCCCGAGCAGUCACAAGCGAUCCCGCGCGAGUAGAAAGGAACAACACAUAUGGGCCAGCCUGAAUGGUUGUUCGCCUCGCACAGCGUCAUGGCAGGCCGACUAUUUCCUCGCUCGCCUGAAUGAAAGUGGCCGAGGCUACACCUCAUGCGCGAGGCACCACUGGCUUGAAAAAUUAGCAACCCUCGGCCAGAACGGCUCGGGCCAGGCGACCAUCAUCGACAUCGGCUGCAACCGGGGAUACUUCACCAGCACCGCCCUCAACUAUUGGGCGCCGGGGUUUGGCAACCACAACCGGCUUGUGCAUGAGGUGCACCAGGCCGGGGGGCAGUACGGCGGUGGGGCGUGCGGCGUGUGCGGCGACUGCGUGCACGGCCCCGCCGCGCCGGUGACGCUGCAGCCGCAGGACGAGGUGGACGUGCACUGCUUCGAGCCCUCACUGUGGCACCAGAGGGCGCUGGGGGCGGUACGGGCGGCUCUGUACGGGCCAGUGGACGCGCCAAAGACAGACAAGGGCACGGCGGUGCGGUGGCACGUCCUGCCGUACGCCGUGUCGAACGCCACCGGCACCGCGCACUUCCCCACCAACUGCACACACGAGGAGUGCAACUUCGACCUGAACGAGCAGAAGGCUGAUGUGAAUGUCACCACGGUGGACGACUAUAUGAAGCAGGCGCGCAUCCGCUAUGUGGACGUGCUCAAGAUAGACACGGAGGGUUUCGAUCCGGCAGUCCUGGCGGGCGCCUACAACACACUUAGGCGGCACCGAGCUGAGGUGUUAUCUUUCGAGUACCAUGGAUUCUGGUUCCGCUCCGGCGGCACGCUGCGGCUGUGCCUGGACUACUUGGAGGAGCUGGGCUACAGCUGCUUCUUCGACGCCCCCCUGCUGUUCAAACUGACGGGGUGCUGGGACCCGCGCCUCGAGAUCAAAGAGUGGUCGAACAUCGUGUGUGCGGUGCGCGGCAGCGAGACGGAGGCGGAGAUGAACGCCCUCACGGCACUGAGGCAGCAGCGGGCGGCGCAUCAAGCGCACGAGGGGCGGCGGUAGCAGGGGCGGCGGCGAUGUAUGGCAGAGGUGCUGUCUGCGUCGUGUAGCGCUAGCUGUGGUGCUCCACCCUGCGUCGUGAGACUGCUGCGGAGCCAUGUUGCUGGCAAGACUGCGAAAUCAUGCGUGGGCCGGGGACUGCUAAAAGCAGGAGGCGGCGAUAGAGUACGUGUGCGGCUGGAGAGUGGGGGCGGCGAAGGAGUGGGUGCAUGGUGUUCGUUCCCGCACACCACGGGUGCAGGCGGUGCGGCGCUGCGUGUGCCGUACAUGAUGUGGAAGGAAUCGGGUGGGGGGCAGGGGCAUCGAUCGCCAAGAUGAGGCAAGGAUGAAUGGCGUGUGACUGGUGCUGGCGCUGGCGCUGAGCUGGGUGCUGUGUGGAGUGGCGUGGCAGUACGGUGUGCCUGGUGGGCGAGGCGGCCUCAGGUAGGUAGGGCGGGUGCGGACGUGCGGUCAACCCGGCUCGUGCCGUUGCCGUAAUGACAAGAUGGAGG